UGGAGGCGGUCAGGCUGUUGUCACAUGGGUUGUGUUUUCUGUCCGAUUAGAGGGAGGGGUUGAAACUUAAUAGAGAAGUUGGAAAGUUAUGUACGUUGUCUUCCGUAACUUGGAUAACUGAAGAGGACUGAAAUUAAUCUUCGUUGGUCUGAAACCAUGGAGAUUCCUGCCAUAAAUCUUAAGGCCAUAGUACUGGUGCAUUGGAUCCUGACAAUCUGGGGCUGUAUGGCGUGGCUGCCCCCCUCUUAUGCUUGGGGUAACUUCAGUGUUCUGGCUGUUGGGGUGUGGGCCAUAGCCCAGCGGGACUCCAUCGAUGCUGUGCUCAUGUUCCUCAUCGGGAUGACAGCAACAUUGCUGACGGACAUCGUCCACUUUGGGAUCUACUACCAGCUGACUGAGGGCCUGUCGGACAGGAACCGGGACACGUUCCGCUUCAGUGCCGGCAUGGCCAUCCUCAGCCUGCUGCUGAAGCCUGUCUCCUGCUUCUUCGUCUACCAGAUGUACCGGGAGCGCGGCGGAGACUACAACGUCAACUUUGGUUUCCCCAGCAUGUCCCGGAACAGAGAGGCCUACCAGUCCAUCGACCAGCAGGACCAGUCCUCCAGCCCCGCUAACCCCUUCAACCAGGCCCAGGACAGCAAACCAAGCGGGGUCCGCACCUACUGAGGCCUGCUGAGGAGCCACCCUGGCCCUCCCGGCCAUUGCACGCUUGGUGUCAUCGUUGUCAUUGUUUGUCAACAAUGUUUUGAUCUGUUGAGCUGUAUGAGUUUUAUUGUCCUGAUAUGAGCAGAAUCUUUGAUUAGAAUGACCAUGUUUUUUAAUUUUGUAUUACAUCUAUGUCAUUUUGGUGGGAUUUCAUGAACCGUCUUUUAUUAUUGUCCCUGUGUGUGUUCUAUGAGUUGCUACAUAGACGCUAUAUCUACAUCAAGUCAAAUUGUAUUUAUAUUGCCCUUGUUACAAGCAAUGUCACAGAGGACUUCACAUAUGCCCAUACCAACCAAGUGAUGUAGAAAGGGGCAGGCGUAGGCUGCUACAUCACCUUGAUACAGCACGUCCUCAAACACCUUCCAAGCUUAACACCUACUGCUUGAUGGUUUGGUGGUAGUCACACUAGGAAACAUUUGUUGCGUACUGUAAGAAUGUCCUGACAACUUCUGCCUCAAAUUGAGUUGUUUGAAUGUCUUAGGCAGCAUUAUUUAUUGAAUUUGAUUGAACACAUUUAACAAGUGAACUUAUUUGUGCUUUUUCAUCUGUGUCUAACCUCCAAAUUGCACUGUCUCUUUCAACCCACAUAUUGAACCCACUUCAUCAUUCCAGUCUGACUCCAAAACUUGAGGAACUGCUGUUCCCAUCAACUACGCUAUCAAAUCUGGUAGAAAAGAUACAUUAUAUGAAAAAAUCUUUUUGAGGUACUUUAAGUUGGUGUUUGAAUUGUACUGCUAAAAGGCUUUUCGGUACUCUUGAGGGAUAGUGAAUGUGAAUGUAUACAAAAGGCCCAUGGUCAGUGACAGGAGCAGUGAUUUGUAGUCAGCAGUGGGUUUUAGGUAGUGCUUAAUCACUUGCUUGUGACAUCGUUGUGUAAGGAGGCCUUCUGACAGUGACAUGCCUUUGUGUUCGUCCAAGUUCUCCUAAGUUCUCGUUUUACAUACAGCUGAUCACUCCCUUAUUGCAGCCGUACGGUCCAUGGCGUCACUUGCCCUGUUCUUGCUAAACAAAUGAUUAACCCUUGAGUCUACUGCCUGUUUCAUGUGAUGUUUCAAGUAUUGGCUUUCUCCUUCUUUACGUCUUUUCAACAACACUAAACUUCAACAUACCUCUGCAUCAGCUGUUGUGGUCAUCUUAAUGAAACAACACAACUUAUUCAUCUUGUUGACUAAAGAUGAAAUAUUUUUUUAUUCACACGUUUUUUGUUCACACUUUAACGUUUAUCUGGUAUCUUUAGAUGGUAGUGUAGUGGUGUCUGAUGAAAUAUGUACACAAUCAAAUAGUAAAUCAUGCUAAAUGAUAUAGCGGUGGUUCAGAAGGUGUGUGGCCAUGAAUGAAGGUGUGGAUAUUUCCUUUGUGCCUCAUUUAACUCUCAACUGCAUCCCUGGAUGUGACUGUGUCUUUUACAAACUUUUCAUACACCUGCCAUUAACAGUUUCUGUGUUUGGAGAAUCUUUCGACUGAAUUGUGAGUGCUUCCAGACAGGACAGAGUGUUCCUGUAGGAGAUGUUGUAUAUGUCGCUCUCCUUUUUUGUCUGUGGCGAUGUGGCGAUUUUUUAUUUGUGUCUCAAAUGCUUUUUUAUUUGUAUUAGGGUCUCACUGAUUUGUUCGGAACUCUAUGUCUCUGUGUCAGUAGUUUACCAGAUGGUUCCGUGCCCCCGGAUGUAAACACACUUCCAUUUCCAGGUUCUACAUUUGGACUGUGAGGUAUUUAAAAAGCACAAUAAGGUUAUGAUUAAAAAAGCACCAACAAUGUUGUCUCCUGUCU